GUGAUUUCCUGCAAGUGAGGAUUGAAGUUAUCUAUGAAGUUGAAGGGUUAAAAUGAAUGUUGAGUGUUGUACUGGAAUCCAGACAGGUUUUGUAUCUCAGAUAAGAGAUAACAGUAAUAGAAGAAAUUCUCUUUAAUUCGACUAGACUAGAAAGAAAAACAUGUGGAAAGAAAUAUUAGCGGUGUUAGCUAUUUCUUGUGCAGUUGCCACUGCUUCUAAGGAUGAAUGUAGACAUGAUUCACAGUGCGGUUCAGAUGAAUGUUGUUAUUACCACGAGGGUCCAUUGAUGGUUAGUAAGAAAAGACAGAGUAUUUUCUUUCCUGUCACAGUACCGAUGGUGUUUCAAGGUGGAUGGUGUGAAAAAUACAAGAAACAAGGUGAAUACUGCAAUUACUUUAGCAAGGUGAAUGGUCAUUGUGAUUGCGGAGCCGGACUAAAGUGCACUUACAUAGCAGAUCCUACAAUGCCACCAUUCACACCAUCUGGAGUCAUGACAGCAGAACACAAGCGAAUGGUGUUAUUUGGUGGACACACUGAAUGCCAACCAAUACCUUGAACAUAAGAAUAAAAAAAAUAUCAAUAUUUUUUGUAAUUAUGAACCAGAUCAAAUUUAACGUUUACUAAUACUAUGGGUGCGUGUUAUCAGCUUAACUAAGUGCAAGUUUAAAAUUGUUGUUUGUUGCUUUAGCCAAUAUCAUGGUUACUAUGACUAUUUGGAUACUGGUAUGAUUGUUUGACUUCUUUUUUAAUGUUAGCUAUAUCUUGUUCUUGUCAAAUUUAUGUUUUAAUGUAUUCGGACCAUAAUUAGCCAAUAUACAACAAGCAAAAUAAUUUGCAAUUUUAUCAAGG